AUGCCGUCACCACGUCCGUGUCGAAGCGCGAGCUUCAGCAGCGACAAGGCGCCCUCGCUCGCCAGCUCCCUUGGAUUCCAGAUGCCCACGACUGUUCGCCCGUCACCCGCCUAUAUCGCCGCCUCGGUCGCCUCGCAGACGGUUACCGAUCAUCACAAUGCGCAGAUGCGCGAAGAGGACGUGGACGCCGACGAGCUGCAAAAUGCAAUCUUCUCCGAACCCGCUCUGGCCCUCUUGAAUGCCUUUCUCGACCACCUCCUCUUUGCAUUUUUGACAUCGGCGCGAUCGCCAUCGCUCGCCGCAAUCCGACCCGCCAUAUCCGAUGUGCUCAAGCCGCGACUGGCCCGCGAGGCCAUGGAGGCCGCCGAUGAGGAGCUCGAGGGUCUGUUGGCCGGUGAAGAUGACGAUGACGCAAUUACACAAGAACACAAGACCAUGGGCUCGUGGGACGUGGAGAAGAUGUGGAAACGUACCCGCCUACGCAUCAUGGUCUACACGCGACUGGGUGAAUUCGAGGACGAGGACGAAGAGAGGUUCGUCCAGCAGGAGCGCGGGCUCAGCAUGGAUGACGACGAAGAUGAAGAGGCUGGCCUAGUAUCCUGGUCUUCGGCCAUUUUUCUGACUUCAGUCGUCGAAUAUGUUGCUGAGCAACUGCUGCUCGUUUCGGGUUCGGCAGCGCUCGCUCGUAUGGCGUCUAGGAUGAAGAAACUGGCGACGGAAGAUCAACCCAUCGCCAUUGAACGCCUCAUCAUCGAGGAGCCCGAUGUGGAGAAGAUUGCGCUGAAUUCGACACUGGGCAGGCUCUGGAGGACAUGGAGAAAACGUGUCCGAUCUCCCCUAUCGCCCAUGUCUCCCGGACGAGGUGUACGCGCCUCUUCGAGCUACUCAAGCCUCCUUCGUCACAGAGCCAGCCGCGACACAAUAAACACACUGCACAGCGACCCCGAACCGCUGCCCGAGCACCCUCCGACAGAAACCGAUAUUGCGGCAAACAUACCCCUUCCGAUUCGCGAGCGCGACGUGGACGAAAUCGAAGUACCUGGCCUGGCACCGACGUUUGAGGACGAGAGUGAGAACUCGAGCGCGUCGACACCAAUAUCGUGGACGCCGCGACCAAUGAGCGUCUUGGUGUUGUCUCCAGUGGAGUCUUUCAAGAAAGCCCAAAGGAAGCGUCCCACGUCUACACCGCUGCCUUCAAUACCACAGUUCUCCGUACCCGAGCAAGCUGCCGAGGACCAAAAAGUUAACCAGCCCGACAAACCCGCCAACGGUCAUACCGAGACUUCCGAACACACCGCCAAACAUAUUGAAGCUUCGGACAAGCUGCACGGCAGUGAUGACAGCGGCUCGGGGCGACUAAGCAACAAUUCUACCGAGACAGUUUCGAUACGAAAUGAGCAGCCAGAGCCGACCCAAGCCGAGUUUUCCCCGGAUCCUUCCAUGGUAGCCUUUGCGGCGACUACAGGCAUGGGUUUUGGAAUGAAUACGGACGACCCAGUGACAUCCGACGAGGCUGACAAACAGGACAAUGGCAGUCCUCAGAGCGAGGUCAAGGUUAUGCGCUCAAAGCGCAUGUCCAUUGAGAGACCUGGUCCUCCUGGCUUGGUGCGUACCUUUUCAACGCGCAGUAAUCGCAGUAAUGGCCCAAAGUCUCCACACUCUACGCCUGGAACAACACCAAGGCCGACUGUACACAAUGACCCAACUUCGUACCUAGACAUGGGCGUCUCAGAUGACGAGGAGCCCGCCGCCAUUGGUAUUGCCAAAACAUCGGAUAGCGUCAUACAAUCAGCAUCGACCACACCACAAGAAUCGCCCCACGAACGUUCCAGGAGUGGAGGUUAUGUAGAAGUGCAGCCGCGAAGCUUUACACCAAAGUCACUUGCUCAUGCUAGUACCCCACCGCCUGAUGGCAGGCACGGUAGGCCCAUUGUGCCCGACCGGAGUAUGGUACGCAAAGAAGUUGCGGCCAACUUAUCUCUAGAAAUGGGUGCCAUCAUCUCACCGCGGCGACCUGACGUAUCUCGCAGUGUGUCGCGAGGCUCGUCGUUGCCUGCUCUGCAGGAAGUGGACAGUAGUCCACCAUCAUCACGCAAGGAAAAGACUGCUUCUACACACACUAAUGCCCGCAGCAUCCAUACUGACAGUCCCAAGCGUAGCCCCACUACUCUUGGUCAAGAUGUACUUUUGCAGGAUAAACGAUUACACCGCGUGUCUACGGAAGAAUCGACGCGUGAAAGGUCUUCCUCUGACAAUACUUCAUUGGGACGCCACCCGUCGACUUCUUCAUCUGUGCGUAGGCUGGGUGCCAUUCCUGUUUCCAGCGGGCGUGAGUCUGUAUCCAGCCACCGUUCGCGUGGACUCAGUGGCCGCAUGUCCGAAGAAGAUCGGGCGCGAGAGUUUGACUCUCUAGUCAAGGGCAAGGACACGGUGAAGUUUACCUUGACCCCGCAGAGCAUGCGAGACUUGGAUGAACCCGUGCAGAAAAAAGGCAUUGCUCGCAGACCUUCAAAGUCUUCAGUUACCGUGUACCCUCGGGUCAAUGCUGACGAUGCGUCCUUUGGCACUGCAAAUCUACCAAACACGUCGACGGCUCGCAAGGGGCCUACAGCUUCCAACCACAAGCCCUCUCCAAGCCGGAAAGUAGUGACACGACCGCUAGCAAGGGAUCCAAAAAUCGAAUCGGAGUCAAUGCGUGACUUUGCUGACUUUAUACGAUCUACCGGCCCUUCUCCAGGACAAGAACAGCCCGUGCGGCCUUUUGUCAACAUUAGCGGUAACGGCUCCAGAUCUGCCAGUGCAUCAACAUCGUCGUUGGGACGCAAACUAUCAACGAGGCAACCCGGUCCCGGCGGUGCACAUGGCGCGUCUCAUAGGCCACGCCCUAGCAUGGAACCACGCAGUCCAGCAGGUCUUUCUAGUGGCAAUGGUGACUUGAUUGACUUUAUUCGCCAAGGCCCACCGGAUGCUCACAAAGGUCAACCUAGGAUACCAAAAAACAUUGCGCCCUUUCGCACCACGGUAGAUUCCGACCAAUUCGAUAGUAUGCUUGGUGGCCAUGGCAACGUCGAGUCUGCAUAUGGUUCUGCUGCCUCUACUUUGGAAAGUAAAGACAGUACCCAGACAAUCAACUCGCGAACUGGUCUUAUCCCAUCUCCCAGUGUUGUGCAGCCGGCCUAUUCCAACACUCCACAACAACUCAGUGGAAGCAUGUCUGCCCCAGGCAACGAACCGCACGUUACCAAGACUCGUCGACGCGUCAAGGACCCGUAUGCCAUUGACAUUUCCGACGAAGAAGAAGACGACGAAGAGGACGAAGAUCAGUUGACUGCCCUCCCAUCGCCCAGCCAACCCCAAGGGUCUAGGCAAACACAACCAAAGCAGGAAAGUUUCAUGGACUUUCUCAAUGACAUGGAGCCCCCAUCAAAUACCAAACCUCAGCCCUUUGUCCUCAGCGAAGAAACCAUUGCGGCCGCACGAGCACGCGCAAAUUCCACGCGCAACGGCAAUGGUGUACCACCACCCAAGACAGGCUCAACGGCCUCUAUUGCCUCGGACGCCCCUCGCGCCUAUAAGCCCCGGUUACAAGCCCGGGCCCCGGCCGUCGCAGACGCAGCGACCGUGAGCUCCCGUGCCGCUACCAGCGACCUAGCCGACUUUUUCAAAAACUCGGCUCCACCUGAGCCGCCUGUGUCGCGCGCGCCGGUUAAGAAGGAAGAGGAGAAGAAGAGCCGCAAGUUUUGGAGUCGCAAGAAGACAUAUGGUGAUUUGCCGUGA